AUGAAUUUCGGUGUUGGAGACCCAUCAUAUUUAUCAUCAUCUUCAUCUUCGGAUGAUGAUAAUUUUCUGUCCAAUAUCAUUGCAGAGAUUGAUGAAACCAAAGAAGUAAUUUGUGAGUACAUCAACAACAACAUGAUCAUCGCUAACAAUUUACGUCAACAAAACUACCAACCGAUCCAUGGUGGCUCGAUUCCCGGUCAUGCAGUGACCAACCACGAUCGAGAAACUGCGCAUCAGAAUUUGGUCAUAGAUUACUUUGCCGAUAAUCCACGUUUUGGAGAAGAUAUGUUUCGUCGUCGAUAUCGGAUGUCAAGAACUGAUGCUACAGACGAAUACGUUAAAACAUGUGAGUCAACAGCAAUUGAAAGUAUGACAAGAUUUUGUCGUGCUAUGGUGGAGAUAUUCGCAGAGCGGAAUCUACGAACACCUAAUGCUAACGAUAUUGCUAGGCUACUCUAUAUUGCAUGGUCUGGACAAUACGCAGGACGUAGUGGGUCACUAACUAUUAUCCUUGAAGCUGUGGCAGAUUAUGAUCUUUGGAUAUGGCACGCAUAUUUUGGUAUGCCAGGCACCAAUAAUGAUAUCAAUGUGCUGGAGUCAUCUAAUCUUUUCUCUAACCUAGCUCAAUGUAUUGCUCCUCUCGCUCACUAUGUUAUUCAAGGAAAAGAGUAUAAUAUGGGUUAUUAUUUAGCUGAUGGUAUAUAUCCAAAAUGGGCUACUAUUGUACAAACAAUCCAACAACCACAAGGUAGGAAGAAAAAAUAUUUUGCCAUGAAACAGGAAGCAUGUAGAAAAGAUGUACAACGUGCGUUCGGAGUUCUCCAAUCACGAUUUGCAAUCGUGGCAGGAUCAGCACGUUUUUGA